GUGGCCGCCCGCCGCACGUGCAGCCGACGGUAGCUGCGAAGUCAAAGUCGGAGCACCAAACAUACAGCUUUAAGCUAACUUCUCGGCGCUAACGCUGGCGGUUGGGAACUCCAUUUUCGUUAGCCAAGCAUAAGAAAAAUCGAUCAGGAAAUCAGUUUGCGUCUGUUUGAUCCCCGUGAAAGAAGAGCGCGACGAGGUGAGAGGGAUCGACCGAUCCAUUGUCGCCUCCGAACCCCAUUGCCCCGGAGAGAAGUUGGGAUCCUUCUCCGCUCUCUCUUCUUGUAUUUACCUUCUCCGAGAUCCCUAAUCCGCCGUCCUUGGGCUACGUCAACACACUUUCUCCGAUUUCCCCGGCAGCAGCAGAUCGCGGUUCGCCGCCGCGGCCAUGGUGGACCACGGCUCCAGGACCGAUAUCUCCUUCUACUGGCGGUUCGUGAGCAGCGCCAUCGCCGCCUGCUUCGCCGAGUUUUGCACCAUUCCUUUGGACACUGCUAAAGUCAGGCUUCAGCUACAGAAAAAAGCGGCUGCCGGGGAUGCAGUGGCAAUACCUAAAUACAGGGGAAUGUUGGGCACCAUAAUAACAAUAUUUAGGGAGGAAGGUUUGACAGCACUAUGGACAGGCCUCGUACCUGGGUUGCAUCGUCAAUGUCUCUUUGGUGGGUUGCGGAUUGGGUUGUAUGAGCCUGUCAAAGCCUUCUUGUUUGGCGAUAGUUUUGUCGGAGAUAUUUCAUUGAUAAAGAAAAUCCUUGCUGGGCUUAUAACUGGUGCCUUGGCAAUUACUGUGGCCAAUCCAACUGAUCUUGUAAAGGUUCGCCUUCAAUCCGAAGGCAAACUUCCACCGGGUGUGCCAAGACGUUAUUUAGGAGCAUUGGAUGCUUAUUUCAAAAUAAUCAGACAGGAAGGAAUUGGGUCUUUAUGGACUGGUCUUGGUCCCAAUAUUGCACGUAACGCGAUUAUAAAUGCUGCUGAGCUAGCAAGCUAUGAUCAUAUAAAACAGACAAUCUUGGAAAUUCCUGGAUUCACAGAUGACAUUUUCACUCAUGUUUUAGCUGGUUUGGGUGCUGGAUUCUUUGCUGUUUGUAUUGGUUCUCCUGUUGAUGUGGAUCAGGACCACUCUCAGGUAGUCGACAUAUAACCUCCAAUUAUCGUGCUUCUAAACUAGCAACACCGGUAAAUAACAUGGGCUUCACGAAGAACAGUUAGUUGUGCUUGAGGCACAAUAGGGAUACACGGGUCAUGUUCAUGCCCUAGAGUGAGGCCAUUGGCUUUUACAAACAGGUCAGAACAUAAGAAAUAAAAAAACUUAAGCUACUACCUUGUUCUUCAGAGAUUGGGUCAAAUUAUAGUGGAUGGACAUGACAGUUAAGAAGUGACAUAUGCUGAUGCACUGUUAGACCACUCUGGGGUCUAAUCUGUUUCAAUUGCAGCAUUUUCCUGCUAGAUGGUCCUUGAAGAAGUGGUCUUAAGUCUGGCCAUGGGUCUCAUAGGAAGGGCUCUGCCAGCACAAAUAGGAUGGAAAUUGCUGCUGGUUUAAAACCUUUAAUCGGGAGCUGCUUUUGAUCUCUUUCCAUGGUUAAUUUGAAAAGAUUGGCUGGAGAAAUAUUUGCCAAUUUGAUGAUUUGCUGGAGGUCCCACAACUCUGUAUCCUUAAGCUACAUCAAUCACAUUCGAAUAUCAGUGUCAUGUCCUCAAAGUUCUUAUGGAUGACAUACACAAUCCUCAUGUAGCCAUGUGAGUACAAGUAUGAUGUUAGUACCCUUCAAGAGUGUUAGCAUAGAGGGUGAUGUCAAAUUGUAUUUCCUGGAUGCAAAGAGAAAUUCCUCACACUUACCAUGGCACUUAAGUUUCUUGCCAUUGCUCUCCAUAAACCUUGCAAUAAGUGUGAGGAUAUUCUUCUAUGUUACUGGCCAGUGAUGCUGAAGUUGGUAAAGCUGUGGGUGGAUAUGCUACCAACAGGAAGCUACAAGAAUGCUGUACUCACAGAUUUCGAGUGAUACCAUAUAGGGUGCAAUGAGAUUUUGACAUCUACUAGACACUUUGAUUGUCAGUUUCAGAAUUCCAUCAGGUUCUUUUACCUCUCAAGUUUAACCAGGCUUUCUACCUUGUUGUCAUCGGUCACACUAUGAAAUUGAUAGACUAGCACUUGGGUGCCGGAUUCCACUUCUUAUUGCAGUGGGAAUGGAAGCCCCCCAGAGUCCAUCUCUUAUGGUAGUGGGUGCACAAGCCCUUUGCCUAUUCUCGACCAACUGCGGAAUUGUGACAGCUUGCAUAGGUUUUGAAAUUCUGAGGAUGCAGGAGAUGUGGUUGAUCUAGCUAAGGAUGCCAAACUUGAUGAAGGUGUCAACCUAGUUCAUGCUGCUGAACCUUGACCAACCAAAUGAUGGAGAUGGGGUCAUGUAACUUGAGGUUAAAAACCAAAUGUCAAGUUUAAUAGGGCAGCUUCUUCAUGACUCAUACUUCCUCGAAACAUCAACCAAUAUAGCAGAAUUAGCUGUAAGGACUUGUGUUUAAGGUUGAUUUCAAGCAUCCAAUGACUGCACUAAUGAGAGUUCCUAGAAAAGGUCUGAAAGUAUAACUUUAAAGGCUUGUAAGCAUGUGUAUAUGUGGAGAACAACUUUGGAGUUAUCCUUGUUGCACUUAUUUCUCUCACUUGUUCUCUAUGAUGGUUGGCCUUUAGAUAUAGCUCCCCUACUGAUCC